AUGAAUAGCAAGACAGCUCGGAUGCAAGAAGGCACAAAAGGCUUAGAUGAAGCAAGACAUGAGACAAUAACAAGAAAAACUGAGCUUGCAUUGAUUCUCACCUUGACUAGCAACGUAGAAUCAAAUGUUCAAAUUGAAGGAGAAGUUGAAAUAUCUCCUAUGGAAUCAGAAGACAAGAUAGAUAAAUUCGGUUCCAAGGUUUUAAGGGUCAAACAAUCAGCUUUAUGGGCUAAGUGUAUCGCCAAAUAA